GGGGGGGGGGGGGGGGCAAUGUGGGAUUAACCUGCUUUUCGUGGGAAGAUUUGUAUUAAGGCUGCACACACAUACAGAACAAAAAAUGAGGAACAUCUGCAGGCUUAAUCUUUUCAAAAGGCAGCGAGCGUCCUCCGGAUCCAGGGUAUCGUCUUCUAGUUCCCGAGUGAAAUUGUUUGGGGGGUCAUUGCCGAUUGGCGAAGCGCGUCACCUCAAGCGCGCUCCGUUACGCAAGACCCCGUGCCCCCCGACGCGUUCCGUGUAAUCUGCCGAGAUUGAAACCUGCUGCCCCCGUUAGAAUCGAAUCCCGGCUCACGCGUUUGACUUUGGAGCAGGAAACACUUCGCUUCCGUUCUGGCCACAAACGGGGAAAAACUUUGGUAGAAGUUAGCCACCUCGGAAAAUAGGACUUGAGUAAAAGUCUGAGCAGGAGCAGUCAUUCUCAAACUGGUUCCAUCAAAAAUGACGCGGCUCUCCAAGUGCCACCGUCUUGAACCGCAUUAAACGACUCAAAUUGGCACGCGAAGGAUAUUUGAUUGCGUUCGGAUGCAAAUGACAAUCGUCGACAAUCGUCACCAACUGUCAAAAUAUCAUUCAAAGCUGACAUCCACUAACCAGAGGCUGAGCUUCGCUGUAUUUCUAUUUGUUCCGUAUGUGUGAAAUCGUUCUUUAAUCAGGUGCAGCACUCAAACCUGCUCGAGGAUGAUCCAUUUCUUCAUGGCUCCGGCGCCACCAAACAGAUUUUCUGUUUUCCCGCUCUUUAAAUUUGCCACUGGCGACGCAUUCGCUGGGCCGUUCCCCCCCCCCAGAAUCCCGCGGUAGGCCUAUUGUUUUGCUGACCGGCUCUCCCGGGCGGCGGCGGUCCGGCCCGAGCCUCUGCCGUGAGGCUUCCUCUGGCAUCGAGUCCGUGGGGGAAGCGUGGCGCGUUAUUGAUCACGCGAGCUCGAUAGCUCGCCGAGGUCAAUUGUCCCCCCCCCCGCCCCCCGUUGGCUGGAAAAACGUGCUUGCUUAUCAUGGCUCUAUCUGGCCCCCGCCGCCCCUGCCCCAAUGCUGACAAAUCCAUACAACUAUGUGGAGCACAAAGGCUCGGAUUUAGCCGCCGGGCCCGAGCGAGGGGCGGGCUUCGAAGGGGGCGAGCCGGGGCCGGCGUGGAAAUUUCUCCGGUUUUUGUCAAAGCAAAACAAGCGUCGGCCCCGUCCCGUCCAAUCCUUCGUGACCCGUGACCGGUCAACGCUUUUAUGCUGGAAAGGCAGCCAGAUCGGGGCGGCCUGGAGAGAUCUGGUUCGAUGAGAAAGCUAUUGACGGAUGUCGUCGCACGGGAAAACGGGUGCGAGGACCACGCGCGCCGAUCGGACGCCCGUAAGAACGUCCCCUCCGAUCGGCUCGCGAUCGCCAGCCGGGCUCCUCCGAGGGCCCCUCGAGGCCUCGGGCAGACUUGUGUUAAAGGGUCGAGCGACGCAACGCGUCCGUUUCAUUCGGGUCCCAAAGGCGUUCGGAGCGUUUCGAAGAAUCCGAAGCGUCGAUAGUGCCGGGCGGCGGCCAUCGACGCGGGCCGCCUGCGCGCUUCCUGUUAGGUAACGGAGGCCAAUCGGGAGGGGUUGGGAGAGAAGGUCAAUCAAUGAGGUCAGUCAAUCGUGAUCUAUGAUACAUACUUUUGAGCCUGGCGUUUCCGUACUUCUGGGGGACAAAACUCGAGCGUCCCCAUCGAUCGUACACGAAACACGACAAGACUGAGAAAACAGGAUCUGAGGAUUUGAGCCUUUUUCUCUCCCUCUCGAGUUUCAAUGUGUCAAGUGUCGGUCGACCGGAAGAGGUCACGUGUACGAAAUUGCAUCCGAGGGAGACGCGACGCUCGCUUCCGCUCUGCGGCGAAAAUGAUUUCGCCCGAAUUAUUCUGGGUCAUUCUUAUUCCACCAGCGCAAGAUGAAUUGUUUUGACCGGUGCCGGCGACACACAACGCAUUCUUGCUUCAGAAAGGUUUGAGUUUCAUUCCGCCACGAGGAAAUCAAAGGAAGAAUAUCUCUUGCGGUCAAGUCGGCGGUCGUCACGUCACGUACCCCGGCGCCUACUGUUUCCGCACGUGGUGAAAUUUGGGCGUCGCGAUAACUAGCUGGGCGCGAGCCAAUGGGGGCUGUAUUGGCCCUCCUCGACCUUCCUUCCGUGACCUCCGACCGCAUGUCGUUACAAGGCUGAAAAAGGGGGCGAGUAGCUUUUGCUGUUUUCGUUACUUAUCGGCGAUAGUGCAGGGAAGGACUGCUGGAGUCGGCGGAUGAAAUGCGGGGAUGCCGAGCCCGCCCACGCCGUGUCUCGCGUGUAACCUUGAAAUGACCUUAGGCCGGCCCGCCCGCCGAUCAGCUCGCGGCCCGGAGCGCGGCCACCUGUUCGUGCGGGACGGCGGGCGGGAAAGAGGAGGGGAAGCGGGGAUAGAAACGGCGGGAGAGCUGCCGUGGCUCUGUAACCAUGGUAACGUGCGACAUCACCAGAAGCCCCCUCGCCUGCGGCAGCUCGAACCCGGCAGGGGGCGCGGGGGGGCCUCUUUACCCGACUCGAUUCAUCCAAAUCACGCGGUCGGCCCGGCUAAGCGCGAGCUUUUUUUCCGAACCGACGAAUGCGUUUGCUCUCAUCCGACCGAGCGAGCGGGACGGAUGCCGCCGCUGAGCCGAGACUGUGAAGUGAAGCCAGAGAGGAGGCGCGCGCAUUUCUUUCCUCCCCCCGCCCGCCCGCCCGCCACCCGCCCGCUCCUCCCCCUCCCCUGUCAAAAGCUCCUCCUCUAUCCGUCGCCGCAGCCGAGCCCGGUGACAUUUUGGUGCCGAACGAGAGCCAGAGGGCACCGGACUGCACGUUUGCGACGCGCCGCCGUCUUCCGCCCGCGUCUGAGUUGUUUUUCCAGCAGAGGCUACUAUGAAGACGACUUUUGGCAAGCCAGAUCCAGGAAAGCGCCAGCAGUCUUUUUAACACAUUUGAGGUCCAAACCAUGUUUUACCAUCCCCGGUAAAACCCACCCGACUUUCCCCUCAUCCUACCGAGCCAGCCGGAGCCAGGGCGCGCCGCGGAACCGCGCAGAGAUGGGUCCGCCGUGCUUCCGGCCGGCCGAGCCGCAGCCCGUCGCGGCGGCGCCCUGCGAGCGGAGGGCUCACCGGCGUCUGCGGCGAAAACUGAGCCCCGUGCGGAUCUUGGGCUUCGCGGCGAGCCUGCUGGCUCUAAGCGCCGUCUCCGUCUGCGCCUUGACGUGGAACUCCGUCGCUUUCGGCGAUUCGGCGGUCCCCCGGGAGAGCCUCUGGCAGCCGGCGCCCCGCCGGACUCUGCUCUUCAGCCGGCAGCGCGACGAGGCCGACGGGCCGGUCGCCAUGAAAUCCACCGCGGAUGGCAACGAAAGCCAAGGGGAGUACCCGCCGGACCUCUUCAGCCUCCAGGAGAGGCGCCGGGGCGCGGUCAUCCUCCACAUGUUCGGCAUGAUCUACAUGUUCAUCGCCUUGGCCAUCGUGUGCGACGAGUUCUUCGUCCCGGCGCUCACGGUCAUCACCGAGAAGCUGACCAUCUCGGACGACGUGGCCGGCGCCACCUUCAUGGCGGCGGGCGGCUCGGCCCCCGAGCUCUUCACGUCCAUCAUCGGCGUCUUCAUCUCGCACAGCAACGUGGGCAUCGGCACCAUCGUGGGCUCGGCCGUCUUCAACAUCCUCUUUGUCAUCGGCAUGUGCGCCAUCUUCUCCAAGGAGAUCCUCAACCUGACGUGGUGGCCGCUCUUCCGCGACGUCUCCUUCUACAUCCUGGACCUCGUCCUGCUCAUAGUCUUCUUCCUCGAUAACUUCAUCUCCGUGUGGGAAAGUGUCACGCUGCUGUCGGGAUACGCCGCCUACGUCAUCUUCAUGAAGUUCAACGGAACUGUGGAGGGCUUCGUCAAGAACUGCAUGAACAAGAACCAAGUGGUGGAGGUGGAGGUGCAGCCCAAGGCGAGUCCGGGGGCGCCCGAGGACGACGGCAAGUUGUCGGCCAGACCUCGACUCCAACGGGGGGGCAGCUCGGCCUCCUUGCACAACAGCUUGAUGAGGAACAGCAUUUUCCAGCUCAUGAUUCACACCCUGGACCCUUUGAGUGAAGAAUUUGCGGACUCCGAGCUUGGGACUUAUGGGAAACUAAAAUAUUAUCACUCAAUGACUGAGGAAGGGAAAUUCCGAGAGAAAGCCUCCAUUCUUCACAAGAUCGCCAAAAAGAAAUGUCAAGUGGAGGACAGCGAGAAGGCCAACGGAGUCGCCAGCCGUUCAGAUAAGAACCUGCCAAACAGCUCCAGCGUGCAAGUGGAGGUGACGCCGCCCAUGAACGGCACCGCCGGCCAAGAGGGGGAAGCGGCCGAAGACGAGGAGGACGACGACCAGCCCCUCAGCCUGUCCUGGCCCGAGUCCGGCCGCAAGCGCUUCACCUACCUCUUCGUCAUGCCCGUCGUCCUCCCGCUCUGGUUGACGCUGCCCGACGUCAGGAAACCGUCGUCGAAGAGGUUCUUCCCCCUCACCUUCGUGGGUGCCAUCUGCUGGAUCGCGGCCUUCUCCUACCUGAUGGUGUGGUGGGCUCACCAGGUCGGGGAGACCAUCGGGAUUACGGAGGAGAUUAUGGGCCUGACCAUAUUAGCGGCCGGGACCUCCAUCCCCGACCUCAUCACCAGCGUGAUCGUGGCACGCAAGGGCCUGGGCGACAUGGCCGUGUCCAGCUCCGUCGGCUCCAACAUCUUCGACAUCACUGUCGGACUCCCGUUCCCGUGGCUCAUGUGGUCCCUGCUCAGCGGCUUGCAACCGGUGGCGGUGAGCUCCAACGGCCUCUUCUGCGCCAUCGUGCUGCUCUUCCUCAUGCUCCUCUUCGUCAUCAUCUCCAUCGCCGCCUGCAAGUGGCGCCUGAGCAAGCUGCUGGGCUUCAUCAUGUUCAUGCUCUACUUCGUCUUCCUGGUGGUCAGCGUCAUGCUGGAGGACCGCGUGCUCAUCUGUCCCGUGUCGGUCUGAGCCCCCCGGUCCCCCCUUUUCCCCUUAGCGACAAAAAUCAUCCCGGGCGGCUCUCCUGUGCGACGCAGUCGGGAGAACGUGCGGCGGGCGGAUGCGCAAAACUUGCUCUCGGCCAUUUAGUUAUUUCGGUAGCGGGGGAAGGGAGGGGGGCGCAUUGCGGCCAAAUGUAGAAGCGUCAUGCAUGCCGUUAGUGUCGUUAGAAUGGGCUUUUCAAGGCUGGCGGGUUGAGGAGAAGGAGAAGCACCUCACGUUCCUUGAACAGAUGAAGACGACGCAAGACGGCGUCUCCUGUCAGUGAAGAGGCUCCUUCAACAAAAAACCCACUUCCUUCUUCACCGUGGUCCUCUGAACCGUGAAAUCCUCUGAAUCCUCUUCAGAGGAUUUUCUUUUUCAGUUUCAACACUUUUCCAUGAGAUAAUUAGCAGUAGCAUUAGACGAACUGUAGCAGGACAAUCUGCUCCCUCUGAUUGUAGAUAACACCACAGACACUCGCACCGCGCAAAAACACUGACUGCGAAGCGGAAAGAAUACAUUUGGCGAGAACGCGUCACAAUUGAUGGGCAGCGUGGAGCGCUUUGGCUCUCCUCCCAGCUGCCUGCGAGAAGACAAGAAAAUGACACUCGCGGGGGAAUCUUCCGCUCCUUCCACAUUUCGACCAGGCGUACACCAAAAUGUAGACUUUUCCAGCACGUUGCAUCCCAUGCAAACUCGUGCUCCGUCUCCACGUAGAAGACGCGUAGGCUGCCUGAUGUCUCGUUGGCUUUCUGGUCAACAAGGUGUGCAAGCUGCGAUGACCUUCCCUUAGUUGUCAGCCUAUCAGUAGCUAUGGAACCUAUCAAAACGGACACCCCUGAACUUCUAACCUCAAUCUCAAUCUCAAUCUCAAUCUCUGAGAAUAAAGAGCAAUAUACGUGUUGUCGUGCGUCUGGCCCGCACCCGUCCACCGAACCCUAACCCGCUCGCCCGCCCCCGCUUACCUCGGCCUCUCUUUGGCCUGGUGACCCACCGACCGUACAACUGAACUGUUGACUUUUAUGCAUUCACUUAGAAAGGAUAGCAGGUUUUACUUCGUAAAUAUCUAUUUUUGUCCUUUCGUUUCAAAAGAGCAAAACCGCUUUGGAUAGGACUUCUUUUUUUUUCUACCGAUGUUGAGCAAAUGUAGGGUUGCUGCUGCCAACAUUUGUUCACGUAUCGAAGUGCAAAAAAACCAAGCAUGAAAGAUCCACUAACUGCCUCUCGAAGGCUUGUGCGGUAUAUCCUGUAUUAUAUUGUCAGUCCCAUCUAAUUUUGCUUGAGUUUGGACAAUCGUCCUCUCUGACAAGUGUGCACUUAAUGGGAGGUGCGCUCCAAAGUAGACGUCGGAAGGACUUUUGAUUGGCUUACCGAGGUGAGCGAGCGUGGGACUCGACCGCUGGCACCAAGGAAACGUUUUGCACUGGAAAUCUCUUCGUUUUCUUGGUGUUAAUGUAAUCUGGAUUUCACGUGUACAUAUAUACAGAUCCAAAUGAACCAUAUAAUCUAUUGAUGUACAACGCAUUUGUCUCUAUGUAAAAACAAAGUCACAUGACGAAACGAAUAAAGCUGAUCUGAUUCUAAUAUGCAA